UCAGUUUCCACUGUGAAGAACAUAUUAUUUGGGCAUAACAAGAGGCGGUAUGAUGGGGACUUUGUUAUUGGUGGUGAUUUUUCCCUUCACGUCUACAUGAACACAGUUUACAGUGACUACACCAGCAUGCCUGAGCCUGCAAAAUGCAAAGGAAGCCUUUACACCAGUGAACUGCAAUCAUCACGUGCAAUGGUUUUUGCCAUAGAAGAGAUUAACAACAGCACAGAGCUGCUGCCCGGAAUCAGGCUCGGGUAUCAGAUCUAUGACUCAUGUGCAUCAGUGCCUGUAGCAGUGCACAUGGCAUUUCAGUUUCUAAAUAGCUUCGACCCUGUGUUUUCCAUGGAUAACAAUUGCUCACAUUCUGGUAUGGUGAUGGCUGUUGUUGGUGGCUCUGGGUCUACAACAUCCAUCAGUUUGUCACAAGUCAUCAGGUCCUUUAACAUUCCCCAAGUUAGCCACUUUUCAACAUGCGCAUGCUUGUCUGACAAGCAGCAGUACCCCAAUUUUUUCAGAACAUUUCCCAGUGACCAGUUCCAAGCUGAAGCAAUGGCCAAGCUGGUAAAACACUUUGGCUGGACUUGGAUAGGUGCUGUUCGGUCAGAUUCGGAUUUUGGAAAUAACGGCAUGGCUUCAUUUCUAAAAGCAGCACAGAAAGAGGGGAUCUGUGUGGAAUACUCUCUUUCUUUUCAUCGAACAUACCCACAUAGCAGAAUUCAGAGAGUCACAGAUGUGAUCCGCAGGUCUACAGCCAUGGUUGUUGUGGCACUUCUAUCUUUAGGGGACAUGAGGGCACUGUUGGAGGAGCUAUCAUAUGAGCCUUCCCCGUCUCGCCAGUGGAUUGGCAGUUUCUGGGUAACUAACCCAGAAUUCACAAGGUUCAGUUUCUGUGCUGGGGCCAUUGGAUUUGGGAUUCCAAAGUCUAUAAUACCAGGCCUCAGAGACUUCCUGCUGAAUCUGUCCCCCUCACAAGUGGCGUCUUCUCAAAUACUUACUGAGUUCUGGGAGGAUGCAUUUAACUGCACACUGACCAAAAAUGCCGCUGCAAAGAAGAAAGUAUGUGAUGGAAAUGAAGACAUACAGAAUCUGCAAAACCAGUACACUGACACAUCACAGCUCAGAGUUACUAACAUGGCGUACAUGGCCGUGUAUGCAGUAGCACAUGCCAUCCAUAAUGCAGUGUGCCAGGAAGUAAAUGGGACAGUAGAGUGUGACAAGUUAACCAAGUUAGAGUCCAAACAGAUUUUAAUUGAGCUGAAGAAAGUAAAUUUUUCCCAAAAUGGCUAUGAUGUGUCAUUUGACGCUAAUGGGGAUCCUGUGGCUAUUUAUGAACUGGUUAACUGGCAGAAAAGUGAAAAUGGCAUGACUGAGAUAGUGACUGUAGGGCUGUAUGACGCAUCACGGCCCGUGGGCCAGGAAUUCCAGAUUGACAAAAACAUUACCUGGAUGGAGGGUAGCAUGAAAGUGCCAGUGUCAGUGUGCACGGACAGUUGUCCUCCAGGAACUCGUAAAGUGUUGCAGAAAGGAAAACCCAUCUGCUGCUAUGACUGUACAGCAUGUCCUGAGGGAGAGAUUAGUAAUAGUACAGAUUCAACUGAUUGUUUACCUUGUCAAAAGGAAUUCUGGCCUAACAAAAAGAGAGACACUUGCAUCCCUAAGCCUGUGGAGUAUCUUUCCUUUCAGGACCUCCUAGGAAUUAUCCUGGCUACAUUCUCAGUCAUUGGUGCCUGUCUGACCAUCGUAACUGCGGCUGUAUUCUUUUGUCACAGGAAAACUCCAGUUGUCAGGGCCAACAACUCUGAGCUGAGCUUCCUGCUGCUCAUCUCACUGACUCUGUGUUUCUUAUGUUCAUUAACUUUCAUUGGAGCACCUUCUGAGUGGUCCUGCAUGUUGCGUCACACUGCAUUUGGCAUCACCUUUGUACUCUGUAUCUCCUGUGUACUUGGGAAAACUAUAGUGGUUUUAGUGGCUUUUAAAGCUACAAUUCCAGGUAGCAAUGUCAUGAAAUGGUUUGGUCCUCCACAGCAAAUAAUGACUGUUGUGUCUUUCACCUUUAUUCAAGUUUUAAUAUGUACUGUUUGGUUGAUAGUGAACCCUCCCUUUCCAAUAAAAAAUCUAACCGCAUACAAGGAGAAAAUCGUAUUGGAAUGUGCAUUAGGCUCUGCUGCUGGCUUCUGGGCUGUGCUUGGAUACUUAGGCAUACUGGCUGCCUUUUGCUUCAUUUUAGCUGUUUUAGCCCGCAAAUUACCUGAUAAUUUCAAUGAAGCUAAGCUUAUCACCUUCAGCAUGCUAAUAUUUUGUACUGUCUGGAUCACAUUUAUCCCAGCAUAUGUCAGCUCUCCUGGGAAAUUCACUGUAGUUGUGGAGAUUUUUGCAAUUCUGGCCUCCAGCUUUGGUCUAAUAAUGUGUAUAUUUGCUCCCAAGUGUUUUAUCAUAUUGUUUAAGCCUGAGAAGAACACUAAGAAAUAUUUAAUCAACAAAAAUCAGUUAUAG